AUGAAAGCGAGGCAGUGUAAACACAACUCCAGGAACAUGAAAAGAUCGGGUGACAGUGAGGGGGAGAAGAGAAGAAAGAGGCGGAAGUUACUGCAGGAGUUGGGAGACCAGAAGAUCCCCUUUCUGGGACCUUCAGACCGGGGCUUUCAGCAACUGUGGGACUCCAGUUACUCUGGACUGGUUCUGAGGAGAUCCUGCUCGCUGCCUGCUGAGCUCCAUGGCCGGGUGCAGGCAGCUCUGCUCACCCUGCGAAGCAAGGGCUGCCUCCUGAGGGAUCUGGUUCGUGUCCGCGACCGAGAUGUUUUCACCGCCGUGUCACGGGCUCUGCUGGGUGAGCCAGGCCACACCUAUCGCUAUCUGGACACACGGCUCUUUGCCAUCCCCUGGCACAGCGAGGACACUGAGGUCAAAGGACAAAACUGUUGUGACCCUGACUUGAGAGCUGCAUGCAAGGCAUUGUGGGAGCUUAACACCUUCUUCUGCUCCGACGUGUCUCAGUUGAAGGAAGGAGACAGGCUCGCACAAUGCGCAAAGGGUGAGGUAGAGGCCAAACAGGGUAAAGAGGGGGACACAGAGUCUAAACACAGUGAAGACUCCAAGAACAGUGAAGGAGGGGACUCAGAGUCCAGACAAAGUGAGGAGGGGGACACGGAGUCCAAGCACAGCGAGGAGUGGGACAUUGAGUCAAAACACAGUGAAGAAGGCUGCUCUGGGUCAAAACAAGAAGGGGAGUGGGAGACUGAGUCCAAACACAGCAGUGAGGAGGGAGAGUCGUCCCAGGUCAAACCAAGUGAAACCAGUGCCGAAGCAGGGUCAGAACAGAGCGAAGGAAAAUGCCCUGGCUGGGCGCCUAAGGCCAUCAGUGGCGCAGAGGCCGAACCUGUGGGACUAGGCGCCCAGGGGAAACCUGUGGCCGAACUAAAGCACAGCCUGUCAGAUUACCACAUUGAGGACAAGGAGGAACAGGCAAGCGGGCAGGGUUGUUCCCAGCCCAGUCCACCACAGGUAUGCAGCGGUCCCGUCAAGUUCAAUGUCACCUUACUCAACUAUAUGGACCCAGCAGCUAUGAGCCAGCUGAAAGAGGAGCCAUACUACGGCAUGGGGAAAAUGGCGGUUGGCUGGCACCACGAUGAGAACCUGAUCACUCAUUCACCAGUGGCUGUUUACAGCUACAGCUGUCACGAUGACAAAGGUGAGACCAGUGAGGGAGGCAGCGGUGAGAAGGCGUGCUGGAGGAUUGGGCUCAAGGUAGCCUGGGACAUCCACACACCUGGCCUGAUGCUGCCACUGGAGUCUGGAGACUGCUAUUACAUGAGAGAUGACCUGAACAGUACACACCAGCACUGUGUCCUGGCUGGACACUCUGCACGCUUCAGCUCCACGCACAGAGUGGCUGAGUGUUCCAGUGGGACCCUGACCUACAUCCAGUCACGCUGCAAAGAGGCCUUGUCCAACCUGCACACUGACCCAGAGACAGGCACCCACAGCCUGCUGGCCCUGCUGCCGACAACGCUACAGCACUGUGAGGAGAUUCACAAUGAGGUGGAGUUUGAGUGGCUGCGGCAGUACUGGUUUCAGGGCCAGCGCUAUGCCCGCUUUUGCAGCUGGUGGACCAGACCGAUGGAGCAGCUGGAGAAGGACUGGAGGCUCAUGGAGACCAUGACCAUGCUCUUCCUGGCUACAGUGGAGGAGGAGGGCAGAGCAGGCGAGGGACGGAGGGAGAUGGCAGAAACCCUGCUGUCUGCCUUGACAGACAGACACCAGCAAAGACAGACAUGGAGAGACAGGUGCCACUCGAGUCUGGCCCAGACAUUACCCCCUGAGGAGGCCCCAGUGGACCGGCCCUUCUGGGGUGUAGAUGACCCCAGCAUGCCUCUGCCCUUUGAUCUGGCUGACAUCAUCAACAGAGUGGAGUCACUUCUCUGGAGCUGGCUGAUCACUGCAUGAACAUGAAGAGUUGCGGAAAGUUGAAGAAUGGAUGUGAAGGAUGAAUAGAUGAAGUGAGAAAGAAAGACAAGAAAAAACCCACCAGCUUUUCUGAAAGGCCCCUACAUUAGCUGAGGGGACAGACCACUGAAGACAGCUCCGUUGUGAUCACAUCAAGAUUGAUUUUCUUUUGAUUGGGGCAUCUACAUACCCCACCACAUCCCCCCCUUACUCCACCCUCCACUACCCCAGCUGACCCUGGCAUCUCAGCCACCCUAGCUUGGAUUUGGCUGGGAGGAAACCAGACCACCACAACAGAACCAGAAUAGUGCUUCAGUAACAUGCUAACAACGCAAGCUUAGCAACAAGCUACUAGUGUCACAACGGUCUAACGAAACAUAAGUGGAACCUGCAUUUCAGUGUUAGCAUACAUUGUGCAACUAUUUAUUAUUUCAGUGUACUCUGUUACUUAAUCUCACGUAACCCAGUCAUGCUUUUAUCAAUGGAUUGACUCAUUCUCAGUAGUCCCAGUACAGUACAUACAUAUAUGCUUUCUAUUUGUCACACAGUGUUAUAAUACAGUAUAGAAUGGUUAAAAAACUCACUUUGCUCACAUGGUAUUGCAUUCUUCACUUGUGUAUAGUGUAAUCCCUUUUUAUUGUGUUCAGAAGUGGAAUGAGCCUGAAGAGACCAAAGAAAGAUAAUGAUAAAAAAAAAGUUCAGUUCUGAAUGUCACCCAGUGGAGAACAUGAAGAAUGUGUUGUUUUGUGUUGACGGUGUGACGGUGUGCUUGUGCCAUAUCGAUGUGCGACAGUGUAUGCGUGUCUGUAUGUGUACAUUUAGCCAUGUGAAUAUACAUGUGAUCAGUUGUCGGCUGGUGUAUGUGCAUGUGCACGUUCACUCUCCCACAUGUCUACAUGAAGGUGCGUGUGUGUGAAUGUGAUAGUGUGUGUGUGUGUGUGUGUGUGUGUGAGCCUGUAGGCAGCCUGCCAGUUGUUUGUUCUUGAAGAUGUGCAUAUGGAGAAACAGAGACUUGCAGCGGGGGCCCCUCUGCCUCUCCUCUGAUGAAAGGCAGCACUGAUAGAAUGACCCGGAACACAACCGCCGUUUCUCAUAAUUACAGCUGUUCAAUCGCUUUUAAUUACUCUUAAAGUGUGUAGAGCACCACAUUCCCCUGUAAUGCUGCAGGCCAUCCGAGAAAGCGAGAGAAAGAUCCGGCGCUUCUGACAAAAUCCACUUUCAAAAAAGCUAAAAAGGGUGGAAAAGGGGGCCGACGUCAAAGCAGUGUAGCAGCCCUCCUCGUUUGAUUUUCUUUCUUUAUCUAGUUCAUGAUGAAGUAGAGAUGCUGUUUACUAUUAAAAAUGCAGAAUGCACUCCUUUUUUUACUUCUGAAGUUUUUCCAAGAUGUUAAUGGUUGCCAAACGCUGUUCUUCUUGCUUCUUCUUUUGCUGCGCCUGUGUUGUUUGUUGUUGUCAGAGAGAUUUGUUUGUAGAUCGGCAGUAGCGUUGACUUGUUUGAAUCACUCUGUGCUCCCUGCGCCACAGCUUGUCUGUCUGAAGCAAUAGGAAUGGCAGUAAUUAAAAAAAAAAAAAAAAAAAAA